AUGACAAUAACUUCCAAAAAAAUUAGCCUUCAGCCAAAUCAGCUUAAAUUGGCUUAUAUAACCGAAAUGAUCCAUGUCGCUAGUUUGAUACACGAUGACGUUGUCGAUAACUCUUCAAUUCGUAGAAAUUGUCCAUCUCUAAGGGCUUAUUACGGUGAAUCGACAGCAGUCUUUGCUGGACGCUUUGUAAUCGCUCAAGCGUUAGUUGAGGUGGCUUCUUUGAAGAAUAUAGUGGUCACUAAAUUGUUAAGUCAAGUGACUGAAGAUCUGGUUUCGGGAGAAUUAAUGCAACUAGGAGUGAAAAAGACGUCUGAAGAAAGCUUAACUCAUUAUCUUGACAAGUCGUACAAAAAAACAGCCAGCUUAAUGGCACAAUGUUGCAAAGCGUCUAGUAUUCUAAAUGCCUCUGAUUUCUUCGAAAGACAUGAAGUGUGCUUCCAAAUCGGUAAAAACAUUGGAUUAGCUUUUCAAUUAGCCGAUGACAUCGUUGAUUUUGUCGGUGCAGCUUCUAAGUCGGAUAAACCGACAAACGCAGAUCUUGCCUCUGGUCUCGCUACUGCGCCUGUUUUUUUCGCAGCGUUCGAACGCAAUGACCUCAAUUUUCUUAUUAUGCGCCAGUUUGGCGAAAAAGGCGACGUUAAAUUAGCCAGAGACUUGACAUUAGAUUCGUCUGGCGUGCAAGAGACUGAAGUAAUGAUUCAUAAUCAUAUCGAAUCUGCACAGCAAUUGACUCAAAAAUAUUUUGGCGACGACCCACCUCUGAGCCUCAAACAGGGGGCUAUUCUCAUAGGCGAAUGA